AUGAUUUUGGAACAAGACUUCUGGAACAAGGCUUUAAUUUGGAAGCUUAUUCUUCAGGGCGGCAAAUCACAUGCUCUCUCUGCCGUCUUUGCCAUCUCUGUCUCUGCAUCUACUCGGUGUCCUGUUUUUAUGGACUCAUGUGCAAGGGCUUGGCGGGGGCAUGAUGUGCCAAAACAACCAAUCAGGGCUCUCCCUGCAAAUAUCCAAAUAUGGGGAGCCCCCUCCCCCCCGAGAAUUCUACCUAGGCCUUCUCCUUUUUGCUUUGUGCGAGUGCUUCUCACCAUCACUCCCCAAGAAAAAGCAAAAUAUGAUAUAUUGUUUAAUUCUCUGCAACCAGUUAAUGGUUUGGCAUCUGGAGAUAAAGUUAAGCCGGUGCUACUCAAUUCUAAACUUCCUGUGGAUAUUCUAGGUCGUAUUUGGGAUCUCAGUGAUGUAGAUAAAGAUGGUUUUCUUGAUAAGGAUGAGUUUGCUGUGGCAAUGCAUCUCGUUUAUCGCACAUUGGAAAAUGAUCCUGUACCAACAGUGUUGCCUCCAAAAUUGGUUCCUCCAUCCAAACGUAAACGGGUGUCGAUUCCUCAAGGGAUCCAAGUACUGCCUGAUGGAAUGCCAGCCAGAACAGAGUCUCCUACAACUGUACCUUGGGUAGUUGCUCCAACAGAAAAGGCUAAUUAUGACAUCCUUUUCAAGAAGACAGAUACAGACAUGGACGGAUAUGUGUCUGGGAAUGAAAUUAAAGAUGUGUUCUUGCAGAGUGGAUUAGGAAAUAACACUCUUGCUCAUAUUUGGUCAUUAUGUGAUAUCAAAAAUACAGGCAAAUUGAAUGUUGAACAAUUUGCAUUAGCUAUGUAUCUGAUGUCUGAGAAGAAGAAAGGGGCCAAUUUACCUGCACAGCUCACUCCGGAGAUGAUACCACCAUCAUUCAGGUCUAAGACUAAUGCUGGACCUGCAGCCUUUGGAGUCAUGGAUGAAGAUGCUACCAAGCCUGUCAUCGCACUUGAUGAAAACACCAGCACAGACACUGAACAUGCACCAACACUGACAGAACAACCAUUUUCUUCACAGUUUUUGUCAUUUGCAUGUGUCUAUAUACACGAUCCAAGACUUUGA